AUGUCUGUUAUGGCGUUUAUAAGAAGCAGCUGCUCGCGUUGCUUCAAAAUACCGGACUUGUAGUAAAAAGUUCGUUCGAAAAAGUCGAAUCGUUUAUUGUUCGAUAAAAAAGUUUCUAUUUUUUAAUUUUUGUGUUAAGUUAUCCGACAAUAUGACGGACUUGACGGAAUUGAGAAUGAACGUGGCCGCGCUGAAACGCGUUGACCCCUACGUGAAGGAUAUUCUAGAGACAGCGACUCAUGUAGCUUUGUACACUUUUAAUGGAGAUAAUAACGAAUGGGAAAAAACUGACAUCGAGGGUGCUCUAUUUGUUUACUCUCGAAACGGCGAACCGUACAAUAGUAUUCUCAUUAUGAAUAGAUUGAAUACAAACAAUUUAGUGGAACCAGUAACGCAAGGCCUAGACUUACAGUUACAAGCACCCUUUCUAUUAUAUAGAAAUUCACGGUGUAAUAUUUAUGGUAUUUGGUUUUACGACAAAGAAGAGUGUAUACGCAUAGCGGCCAUGUUAUAUAAACUCGUUAUGGAGUCUGAAAAGAAUCGAAAGGCAGCUAACAAACCUUCCAUUCAAAAUAAAAAGAAUGCAGGAUCUAAUGCGAAUAAUGUGGAUAUAUUUAGUAUGCUUAGUAAAGCUCAAGAGGAUUUCAACACGAACAGAGCAAAUAGCGGAGGUGGUAGUACUAAACCUUCUGAAACCAAAUCCCCUAUUAAUACCCCUGCAACGGAUAAUAAUUCUGGACCUCUUGCGGCUCCGUUAGGUCCUGAUGUUACUUCGCAAAGCGUGAUGGAUUUCUUCGCGAAAGCUAAAGUAAAUACAGGGCAUUUCAAAGCCGGUGAUCAACCUACCGCUAUAAAUACAGGGCCAAAUGAAAAUAAGCCAUUAUUAUUGGCACGUUUAAUGUCUCAUCCAGCAGCACAUACAUUAGAACAUAUCGAAAAGCAACAGAGAUCGAUAACUCCACAACCAUCGACAUUGCAAUCACAAACACCUGCUCCUUCGGCGACAUCGAUUAACGUAGGUAGUAUAACUUUGUUAGGCAGAUCUAAAAGACGGAAUAAAACUGUUUCCCAAGACACAGCAAUGUCUACAUCAGCAUCCGUUUCUCAAGAUCUUCAGCCAUCGGUAAACCAAAGCACUAGUGAAACGAACGGUUCAUCUGGAUUUCUUAGGAUACAAUCGCCAACAAAUACAACAUCUUCUAACAUAACCAAUCAUCAAACUUCAACUAUUAUUACACCUAGUAAUACAAAUCCUCUUGCAUCUUUAUUUGCUCAUGUGUCAGGCAACACAGCUUCAGAAGAUAUUAUCACGACUCCAGCUUUAUCGGGUACGGGAUCGGCACCUGCAUUGAUACCUCCUGUAAUGUUUGCGGCUCCGAGUCCUGCGGAACCACUAGCUAGGCCGUUAGAACCGCUGACAAGGAAUCAGCUGCUUCAAGCUUUUAAUUAUCUCUUGAGAAGUGAUCCAGAUUUUAUCAACAAACUGCACGAAGCUUACGUUAAGUCGUUCGGCGAAAUUGUCUUCUAAAUACAUACUAAAAAAACAACUACAAUUUGUAAACGAUUAAUAAAACGCAUCAUGCGGGUUGUGACUAUCGACUGACGAUAUGAUCAAGAGAAUUUGAUAUUCCUAAGUUACAUAUGUGUACAUAAUAUGUCAUGCUUGAAAUUCGAUUGACAUUAAAAUAGCCGAUUACCCAAUUUGGGAAAAAAGGCAGGAAUAAAUGAAAAUAUAUAUACCUUGGAACAGUA